AUGCAAACGACCAAAUACUUGAUUUUCGUUUUUGCGCUUUUCGCCUCUGUUCUGAACGCAUUGGCCGUUUCGGGCAAGCUGGACUUGCCCCAGGAGUCUCUGGCAGAUCCUGCCCGCGUCUGGGUGUCUGUGUCUAACGAAACAUGGAGCGCAAGAUAUCGUCUAAAUCGACGCGGAGAGUUUUCUACGAUAGAUCUAAAGCCAGGUAACUACUCGUUUGUGUUACGGUCGCUUGACUUUGCGCUCUCAAAAACCAAUUUCUUCCGUGUCGAAGUUGAUGACGGAUUCGACGUCUUCGAGGUGUACCCCGGAAUCGCCGCUGCUGCCAAUCCCGUUCCGCUUCAAAACAAGAUGAACUUCACUGCCGAGUCAAUCGUCAUCAAGUCGUUUGCAAACGAAGACCAAACGGCAGGAAUUCUGAAAAUGAUACCGUUCUGGGGACUUUUCCAGCAGUAUCCAAUUCUGGGUCCUGUGCUGGCCGGAAUGGCAUUGGUUGCCCUGCUACCGACCCUCAUAGGGUUCAUUGAUCCUGAAUUUACGCAACGUGCGCUUGAAACACGACAGCAAGCCAAACAGGAAAACAAGGCAAAGCGUGCUUAG